GCGUUCAACAUGGCGGUCAAACUUUUGCAAAAUAUAUAUUUGCUUCUUUAAUAUUGGAGGCAAAUGGCUUCCUCAGUAUUCCAUUUGCCUAAUCAUUAAGUGCCUACUGCAAUGGCCUAUCACAGGCUUUUUUCAUUAUUGAGGUGUUCGAGUCUUCAGAGAUGUUUUAGUUCGAGAAGACAGGAUGAAACUAUCAUGAACGUGUUUGAUCGAAAGGCAAAGAGAAGGCAAAAGAACAGAGCGGCAAUGGCUGAGGAUGUGGCGGUAUAUGAUUACCUCAGAGAUGAGGUUGCUGAAAGGAUGGUAGACAGAAUAGGAGACAUCUCAAGACAUUUUCCUAUGGCUCUGGAUCUUGGUUGUGGGAGAGGACAUAUUUCAAAAUUUCUUACAAAGGAUCAAGUUGGAACCUUAGUUAUGUCUGAUAUGGCAGAAAAUGCAUUGAAUCAGUGCCCACCCUGUGAGAUUCCAUCUGUAAAAGUUGUGGCAGAUGAAGAAUUUCUUCCUUUUCCUACCAACAGUUUCGAUCUUAUUGUCAGUAGUCUGAGCCUUCAUUGGGUCAAUGACUUACCAGGAACAUUUAGCCAGAUCUUUCAUUGCCUUAAAGCUGAUGGAGUCUUUGUUGGAGCCAUGUUUGGUGGUGAAACUCUUUACCAGUUGAGAGCUGCACUGCAGUUGGCUGAAACUGAGAGGGAGGGGGGGUUUGCUGCUCAUAUUUCACCAUUUGCAGAAGUACGAGAUCUUGGAAAUCUUCUGACAAGAAGUGGCUUCUCUCUGACUACUGUUGACUUUGAUGAAGUAACUAUAGGAUAUCCCAGCAUGCUCGAGCUCAUGCAUGAUCUGAAAGGAAUGGGAGAAAACAAUGCAGCAUGGAACAGGAAGACAUUACUGCACAGAGACACAAUUGUAGCAGCUUCAUCCAUUUACCAAGAUAUGUAUGGUCUGGAAGAUGGAGGAAUACCAGCAACAUUUUUUGUACUUUAUAUGAUUGGUUGGAAGCCUCAUGACUCUCAGCAAAAAGCUGCUACACGUGGGUCUGCAACAGCAAGUUUUGGGGACAUAUCAAGUCUGAAUAAACCAAAGGAAUAGACUGAUCCAGUUUGAUACCCCGUCAACUGUUUUUCAUUCACUCUGGCAGUUCAGAACUUCAAGGUUAUUUUGGAAAAAGCUUGUCAUACAACAAAAUUGCUUGAUCCAAGAGGGUUUCUGAACAGAUGUCCUCCACUCUCUGUCAGUGUGGAAAUAACAGGCACAAUUAUACAUGGAUUUUGAUUUGGUUUACCUGUGAUCUAUUGUAGAUGGGUGAUACAGGUGGAGGACAAUAAAAAAAAUGAUGUUGGAACUCAGUAAAGAGUGACCAUGACUGCUUAGUAGAGGUGACAGCUUUGAAGGGUGAAAAUUAGCAAUAAAGGGGAAACAAAUUUU